AUGUCAGACAAAAACUCGACUGCCUUUUCGUGCGAGCUUGUGCGCGAAAGCGACAACAACAUGGAGAAAAAUGUGCUGCUCUUGUGGAUCGUCUGUCUAGCGUUCUUAGUAACUGAUGCGAAACCGUUCUCUCAGCAAGACAAUCAUGAUGAUGAGCUACUUUCACCGAGAGACACCGUAUAUUAUCCGUUUUGGUUGAUCAGACCUAUUUAUGAUCAGGACGAUAUUGGCGAUAAUACUAAUAGAAGGUCUACUAUAUCGUACGCUAAUGUCGGAGCCGGAUGGGGUCGUUAAAAAGCUAUCAAUCUCAUCUUCAAUUCAUCUUGCAACCACCAGCCCAACGAGUGCGUCGUAAAUUCAUAUUAAUCCCCAACGUUAAAUUAAUGCCACGGUUCGUCAAUUAUCAAAUUAUCGUCGAGAUCGGCGAGACUGAUGCCGUGGAUUAAUAACAAAUUACCAACAGGUAGAAACAGUCUUUCGUAAGCAAAUUUUCUGUUUGCCUGUCGACUAAUUAAUACUCGAUCAUGCCGAUCGAUACUCCCUCGUGCAUCAUGUGUUGCCGAAUCGUACGUCAAACAAGGCUGCCGUGAAUUCGCUAUUUCGCACAUUGAACUGUACAUUGCGUUCAAAUUCGAGAUCGAUGAGAAAGGGAUCACGCAGACCUUGGAAGAUUAGGCGCGAAAAGAUUGGCCAGACCGAUUGCUGAGAAUUGUUAAACAGUAGUAUAAAUAUUUACAAACGCCAAGCCACUGACAGCGAUGCUAUAUAUGAGAGACGAGAGCGGACUCCGAAAUAUCGGUGGAUUUAUUUAGCGACAACUUGCAGGAAGCAUUGAGCUAAUCUAAUUUUAGUCCCACCGCUGCUAAUUUCGUCCUCGUGUUUAUACGUGGAAUCAGUGACUCUCGGAGAGUUCAGAUGUGUCUUACGUCUAUGUGUCUUACGUGGAGCGAUUGUUGCUCCUUUUCAAUUAACUUAACCAUCGCCAAUCAUCCUUGUGUAAUUAUUUCAAGUGUUCGAGACAGUUAUAUGUGAAAUUUAAAUAUAGUAAUAUCUCGUAGAAACGAUUAAGAGAUGUAAGUUGCAUAUACUUUGUACAAACUUAAGGUACAUGUAUUAAAUUU